GACUGAUCAAGCAUGCUAGUUUAAACCUGACUUCGUCGAAGUCCAAUAGCAUAUGCCUGUCACACAUAGACUACGCAGUGAAGGAAACGGCUGUUGAAAAUCAUUCGGAAUUUACACAGAAACAAGUCGACAGUAGCUUCAUCAUGGUGUGCUGCACACAGACAAUCUCGAAGUACGUCAUCGUUAUUUUGAACAUAGUAUUUAUGGUGCUGGGUAUAGCUAUCAUGAUACCAGGCAUACUAAUGCUGACAAGUAUCGACUUCCUCAGCGACAACAUAAAACCAUUGCUGGACAAAAUAUCCGUGAACGGACUUGAUCUGGCGAACAUCGCGAACAGUCUUCCAGUCAUCUUUAUUAUCGUUGGCUUGACUAUACUCUGCAUAGCUGCGAUUGGGUUGAUCGGAGCCUGCUGUGAGCUCAGGAUCCUGCUUGCUGUGUACGGCAUCAUUGUUUUGGUACUGGCCCUAGCUCAGGUCGUCAUACUGGCGUUCUUCUUCAUUCUGAGGACUGGGUUGACUGACACAAUAAAGGAUGCGUUCCUGAGCCAGCUACGGGACGGUUACACACUAGACAGCUUGGACAAAAGUGAUGAAGUGUCUUCAUCUUUCAACUACAUGUUUAUGACGAUGGAGUGCUGUGGUGUGAAUCCGGUAACCUCGACAAGUAACGACUUCGACGGCACCCCCUGGCGGAGCGGAACUGGGUCGGCCCUAGAGCUACCUAAAGGAUGCUGUAUCGGUGUUACCGAGAGCACAUACUCCAGCUACUCAAAUGCAGCGUGUACAACAACUGUAGCUAGCGGCACAUAUUGGUCAACUGGCUGCUAUGACGCAAUCAUGUCCAGUUUUGGAAGCCUUUUGGAUUCGAUGGGAUACAUCCUUCUCAUUGCUCUUCUGCUGCAGCUUUUGAUGGUGUUUUUCGCGUUCAACCUUUGUUGUUCCAUCCUAUAGAGCGAGGAAUUGGGAAUGAAAAAGCGAAUCGUUAAUGGCUAAAUUACAACACCCAACUAACCUGAAGUCAAGAGUGCAUGUGCUUAAAUUCCAGUGAAACCCGGCGUUUUGUAUUUGUAACCUGUAACUUUUGGAUUUAAGAAGACAUACUACUUGGAAAUAUAGCGAGUAUUCUAACACGUCUCCAAGGAUAUGGUAUGAACCACAAGUAAAUAAGAAAUGUCAAAUUUAUGUUAUUUUUCAAACGCUUUUUUUUCAUCUUCAAAUCCAAGGCUUUCGCCCAGACGACAUCUCUUCUCAGCACCAUUGGAGUAUGAUAUGAUAAACUGAAGGUUCUACACGAUCCAACUUGCGGAUGUUUAUCAAAAGAAUUGCGCGGCUGCAUAACAGUGAAAUGUACCGACGUCGAAGUCCUACCACACACCUCUGUAAUCUCUAAAACAAAAGUAUCCGCGAUUGGUCUUCAUAUUCCGUCUUUUCGUAUUGCAGAGUUAUCUGCUCUUGUGAGCCGGUUAUUGAUUGUUACGUCAUU